GCGCCGACCACAAAAAUAUUUUUUUAGCAUUUGUGUAAUCAAAAUAAUAUUACAAUGUAUCCAAGUGCAUCAGUCAGAAAGGACUUGAAGCCAGAUACUCAGAGACCUUUCAAAUUAGCACACCAGACAUUAUGCAUCACUGGUAUCAAUUUUGAAAAACAACUCAUGGUCGGAUAUGUGGAACUGGCACUUCAUCCCCAGAGACCUGACCUCAGACGAAUCAAGAUUAACAGCAAACAGUGCAGGAUUUACCGAGUGUGUGUCAAUGACCACUGGGAGGCUCCAUUCCUGUACAAUGACCCGACUCUGGAGAUAUGUCAAGGGGACGUCAAACAACGGAACCUGGACUUCUUUCAGCACUGCCACCUGUCGGCCAUGUCGGCGGUGGAUGCAGACAACACCAACGGCGAGGUCACGAUACGGCUACCACAGAUCAUCUGGCCGCUCAUAUCCGAGCUGCGUCCGAUCAGAGUGUGUAUCGAGUUUUCUCUGGAGAAACCUCAAGGGGGAAUCCAUUUUGUCGUUCCGGACAUUGAGGGGUCACUAGCGGAAAAGGGAGCUCACAUGUUCUCAUGUGCACAGGAAAACACGGCACGACUGUGGUUCCCGUGCGUGGACACGUUUUCUGAGCUGUGUACGUGGAAGCUUGAGUUCACGGUAGACCGUGACAUGACGGCUGUGUCAUGCGGAGAUCUCAUCGAGAUCAUCUACUCGCCCGACAUGAAGAAGAAGACCUUCCACUACUUCCUGUCCACGCCUACUGCAGCGCCAAACAUCGCUCUGGCCGUCGGACCUUUUGAGAUUUUGGUUGAUCCCAACAUGCACGAAGUAACUCACUUCUGUCUACCUCACCUGUCAUCCAUCUUGAAACACACAACAAGCUACUUACACGAGUCAUUUGAAUUCUACGAGGAGCUACUUUCUAGUCGAUAUCCUUACUCCUGCUACAAGCAGGUGUUUGUAGAUGAAGCAUACUCUGACUGUGCAUCAUACGCCACCAUGACCAUUUUCAGCACAAACCUCCUGCAUUCGGCUCGUGUUAUUGACCAGACGUUCAACACGCGGCAACUCAUGGCUGGGGCGGUCGCCUAUCAGUUCUUUGGGGCCUUCAUAACCAUGCAGUUUUGGACUGAUGCUUGGCUUCCAAAGGGCAUUGCUGGCUACCUGGCUAGUUUGUUUGUAAAGAAAACAUUUGGAAAUAACACAUACCGAUACUGUGUGUCAGAGGAUCUUGGAGAGGUGUGUGACUACGAGUUGAAGAUCGGGGGAAUUGUCCUCAACCCGUCGGCACGGGACAGCACGCACCACUUCUCUGUGAGAAACUAUCACAACGUGUCACCACGCUACUACAAAAUGUUCAAGAAGAAAGCGCAGCUCAUCAUGAGGAUGUUGGAGUUUAGACUGGGCACCGAACUCCUACUGCAGGUGUUGAAUAAACUACUGGCUCUUGCAUACGCCGCCUGUCAACAGAAGUUUAUGUCCAACUCCUGGGCCAACAUGCUGUUGUCCACAACUUCAUUUCUGCAGAUCAUCUUCACAGUGACAGGUAAAGACAUCCAGCCGUUUAUAGACCAGUGGGUAUACCAAAGUGGCUGUGCGAGAUUCACGGGCAGUUUUGUCUUCAACCGGAAACGCAACGUUGUCGAGUUGGAGAUGAAGCAAGACCUGUCAUCGAAGGGAGUUCUCAAAUACGUGGGCCCGUUGACUGUGACGAUACAGGAGUUGGACGGAUCAUUCAACCACACAUUUAAAAUUGAAGAAAACAAGACCAAAUUCGAGAUCACCUGUCACUCCAAGAGUAGAAGAAACAAGAAGAAGAAGAUUCCGUUGAUGACUGGUGAGGAAGUGGACAUGGAUCUGAACGCCAUGGAUGCUGAUUCCCCCGUGUUAUGGCUACGGGUUGACCCACAGAUGCACCUGCUGCGUGCAGUGUCCUGGGAACAGCCCGAUUACAUGUGGCAGUACCAGGUCAAGUUUGAGCGAGACGUCAUCGCACAGAGAGAGGCAAUAUUUGCACUGGAGAGAUUCUGCACCCCUCAGACGAGAAUGGCUCUGACAGACGUCAUUGAAAACGAACACACGUUCUAUAGAGUGCGAACACAGGCCUGUUUGUGUUUAUCUAAGGUUGCUAACAUAAUGGUUUCCACGUGGACCGGCCCGCCCGCCAUGAUGACGAUAUUCCGUAAAUUGUUCGGCUCUCACUCGUGUCCUGCGAUCAUCCGACAGAACAACUUCACAAACUUCCAGCACUAUUUCCUGCUCAAGACCAUCCCAGUGGCAAUGGCGAGACUGCGUAACCUGCAUGCUAUCUGUCCCCCGGACGUGAUGAAGUUUCUCCUCGAUCUCUUCAAGUACAACGACAACAGCAAAAACAAGUAUUCUGAUAACUACUACAGAUCAUCUCUGAUUGAUGCUCUAUCCGCUACCAUCACGUCAGCCGUUACCACUAUCACCAUAUCCGGUCAGAACCUGAUGACAGACAGUCUGAGUGCUGACACGCGACUCAUCCUGGAGGAAGUGACGAGAUAUCUCAACCUGGAGAAGUUGUUACCAUGUUAUCGGCACACUGUUACUGUGAGCUGUCUAAAGAUUAUUCGACAGCUGCAGAAGUUUGGACACUUGCCGAGUGAACUGGAUCUCUUUAAGAGUUACGCUCGUUACGGUAUUUUCCGAGAUGUCCGACUCGCAGCCUUGGAGGCCAUGGUGGACUUUAUUAAAUCUGAAAGUAAUUCUGAUUCACUACUAUGGUUGUUGGACAUCAUAGAAACUGAUCCAGAUCACUUCGUUAGGUAUACAGCUCUGAGCUGCCUGAUUGAAAAUCCACCAUUUAAGAAGAAUGAACAUUCUUCCCUUCACAACAGUGCCCUGGUGGAACGGCUGUGGACGCUUAUGAAUUCUGGAUUCUCGUACGACAGUCGGUUGAGAUGUGGUGUCACAGAUCUUUACUUCACGCUGUACGGUCGAACUCGACCCUCCUGUCUCCCCAUCCCAGAGACUGUGAUGGUUUUGAAUCUUCGUGACAAAACAACAAUGCUCAAUCCUUCGGUUAUUCCACAAAAAACUGAGGAUGAGAUGUUUGAUGAGGAGGACAAGCGCACCCUGUCGGUCAGGACAUCGGUCAGUACGUCGGUCGGGACGUCGAUGGAGACCCAGACGUUUGACUCGGAGCUCACCGAAGUGGACGUGAUGUCGGUGAGACACGGACUCGGCUCGCCGCUCUUCAGACAGGACUCAGUGGAGCGGAACCACGAUGAAGGCCUCAAGAGGAAGGCUGAGUCUGAUGUGAAACCCCCGACAUCAAGUCUGUCCCUCUUCACCGACGGAGCACAGCCAGCCAAGAAGAUGAGACUAGAUAUUGACGUCGGCCCGGAACCACGUACACCGUCUGUCAUGUCACCUCCAGUCGGACUCUUGUCACCGGGCGGCUCGUUCGCCUCCGAGUUCCUCAAAUUUGUGGCGACUAAGUCUGAAUCUCACGGUGGUGAACAGUCGCUUAACCUGCUUCCGCCAGCGAUGGCGGUUGCGUCCGAGUCGUUCAAGCGUGAUGACAGCAUGAGUCGUUUGAGCGAGGAAUCAAGUUCACCCUCUCACGUGCCUCAUUCAGCACCCGAUGUUCCAAGUGCUCCACCACCUGUUGCUUCUCUGUCCUUUCCCAUCCAGUCAUCAGCCCUGCCCCUUGACCUGUCGUCCAAGGGAGGCGACUCUCAUGGCAAGUCACACAAGGCGAAGAAGAAGAAGAAAAAGAACAAGAAACAUAAACACAAGCACAAGCAUGAUAAGGAGAAGAAGGAACGAAGAGAAGGUGAUGAAAGAAAGGACAAGAGAGACGGUUCUAAACACGAGUCUAAACAUGAGUCUAAACACGAGUCUAAACACGAGUCUAAACACGAGUCGCACAGAGAGAAGGAAACGCUUUUACCAAGUACAUUCACAUCCCCACAUCUCAGUCCGCCCAGCUCACCCGAGUUUGAAGUCAUGUGAAACAGGAUCGUGUGUCAGUUUACAUUCAAGUCAUGUGAAACAGGAUCGUGUGUCAGUUUACAUUCAAGUCAUGUGAAACAGAAUCGUGUGUCAGUUUACAUUCAAGUCAUGUGAAACAGGAUCGUGUGUCAGUUUACAUUAAAAGCCAUGUGAAACAGGAUCGUGUGUCAGUUUACAUUCAAGACGUGAAACAGGAUCGUGUGUCAGUUUACAUUCAAGACAUGUGAAACAGGAUCGUGUGUCAGUUUACAUUGAAGUCAUGUGAAACAGGAUCGUGUGUCAGUUUACAUUCAAGACGUGAAACAGGAUCAUGUGUCAGUUUACAUUCAAGUCAUGUGAAACAGGAUCGUGUGUCAGUUUACAUUCAAGUCAUGUGAAACAGGAUUGUGUGUCAUUUUACAUUCAAACUUGUCGGGUAUUGAUCUGUGACUCGAUAUUAAGCAUAAAUAUAGAUAAACAUGAAAUAUGUAUGUUGAUAGAUUGAUAAUGCAGACUGCAGUAUGCUGGUAGAUCUAUACAAAGCAGAAUAAGGAAUGUGUAUAGAUCUACAUGAAACAGAAUAAGGAAUGUGUAUAGAUCUAUAUGAAACAGAAUAAGGAAUGUGUAUAGAUCUACAUGAAACACAAUAAGGAAUGUGUAUAGAUAUACAUGAAAUGUGUAUAGAUCUAGAUGAAACAGAAUAAGGAAUGUGUAUAGAUCUAGAUGAAACAGAAUAAGGAAUGUGUAUAGAUCUACAUGAAACAGAAUAAGGAAUGUGUAUAGAUCUAGAUAAAACAGAAUAAGGAAUGUGUAUAGAUCUACAUGAAACAAUAAGGAAUGUGUAUAGAUAUACAUGAAACAGAAUAAGGAAUGUGUAUAGAUCUACAUGAAACAGAAUAAGGAAUGUGUAUAGAUCUACGUGAAACAGAAUAAGGAAUGUUUGUAGAUCUACAUGAAACAGAAUAAGGAAUGUUUGUAGAUCUACAUGAAACAGAAUAAGGAAUGUUUGUAGAUCUACAUGAAACAGAAUAAGGAAUGUUUUAGAUCUAUAUGAAACAGACUGAGGAAUGUUUUAGAUCUAUAUGAAACAGACUGAAGAAUGUUUGUAGAUCUACAUGAAACAUUAUCUUUGCUGUGUGAAGAGGAUUUUGUAAACAAAUCAUCUAUGGCAGAGAUAUGAUAAAAUAAAACAAAUGAGAAGGCUU